CAGAAAUUCACACUUUCUUAUUUGUCUUUAAACUGUGGUGAAACUAUUAGAACAUGUGUUUUUACAAGAUCAGCUGUUUUAUUCUGCCACUGUCUGUGUGCUGCCAUGCAAAUGGCAAGUUUAGUCUUCAACCUUGUGAACCGUUUUAAGUAAAUAAAUCAGUUCAUCAGUAUUCACAUCUGAAAGCUUGUACUUUAAAGCUGACCAUGAAGCUGUAAGUGUAAGGUUUCAUGACAAUGUGACUCCUGAUUAGCACUAUUUAACUACUUCAGGAUUAUCAAGAUUUUGUAUUUGAAGUGUAUAUUCCUGGCUAAGGACAUUGAGAUUACAGUAUUGAUAACACUUGGCCUUAAAUAGGAAAUGAUGAGAUGGCAGACGUGUGUUUCCCAUGCUUUUAUUAUACUAUUUUAACUUUACGUAGGUCUUUGCUGUCUUUGAAAAGCGUAUUUGUAAAAGUUCAAUAAAGCUCAGCUGCUGUUUUGAAACGGCACUCUUAAAAUAUGUGAUCCAGCUUGUUUCUCUGUCGAAAGGCGAGGACACCAGACUUUCAAGAUUUGCCAGUAGGCAAACUGAUGAAUUCCUUCUUGAACUGCAAUACGGCAUGGCCUUGGCUAACAAUCAUGUGUGCUCUCUCAGUGACUGGGGGAAUAAGCACUACUGCCAAGUGAAUCUGACCGCUGGUUGUUGCUAUGUUCCCACUAUAAGCUCAAGUGGAAAAAACGCACCAGAAAAUUCACUUUUUACAGCCACGAUCAACGCUGGAUCCUUUCUGUUUCUGCUGUUCUGUAUAUUCCACCAUGCCCAUAUUAUGGAAAGACACACAUGUCACUCCAUGCUGAGCAAGUUUGCACUUGUCUUUGGUGUGGUGGCAGCUUUGGGGGCAUUCGCAGCUGGAAACUGCAAUCCAGGUUACCUGGCACUGCCGCACUACCUCGGAGCUGCCCUCAGUUUCAUGUGCAUCUGCUUCUACACUGUCCUGCUCACUUCGCUGACCGCAAAGUGUGUGCUGACCGGAUAUGAGAAGAUUCUCUACCCGUUCCGAGUCACCUCCACUGUGGUUCAAACCAUUGUCACCAUCUGCUAUACUGUUUUGUUUGCCCAGAAUGAGUACUAUUACGUUCACUUGUCGGCUAUAUUUGAGUGGAUGCUCAGCGCCAACCUGGAGCUGUUUGAGCUCAGCUUCGUCGUGGAGUUUUGGUUCUUCUCGUCCUUCAUGCUCUCAAAUCUGUUGAGCAGACGAGAGGAAGAAAAGCCUUUGAUGAUGACGAUGUCGACGUCCUGAUAUGAGGCUGCCAGGGUCCAGGUGAAGCACAUGAGCAGUGAUGAUGGACUGAGUGAGACAUCUGGAAAGACACCUGUGGCUGGAGGACCAAUAAUUUGUUUCCCAUUAUUCUGCUGGAAUGGAUUUAAAGCCAUUUAUGGAUUAUGACCACUUUCAUUCUACCCUUUUGCCUAACAUUUCCUUAUUCCAAACAGUAGUACUUAUUUAUUGAAACAAGCUUGUACAGCAAAUGAUCAAACCAUACCAGUUGUAUUACGCUUUUGUGAAAGCCAUGUCGAUGCUCUGCCAACAGAACAAUUAACCUGAUGUGUCUUCCUCCCUGUUUGUUAUUCAUUUCUUUGUUACGAUUUAUCAGAUUUUAAUAUAAACAAUUAUUUCAUUAGGUACACUAAAUAUGACAAAGUCAUGAAUAUCUCACUGUUUGCUUCACAUUAAAGUUCUUUAGGCACAUGCGUAGAGCUUUGGCACUUUAAAUCAUGACCACUGUAAACAGAACUUGUUAUGCCGUUGCGGUGCACAAAAUCAGAUAUGUUCCCUAUGACGUCAAAUGAUCUGGUUUGGCUGGAUGACUGAGUGAAGUGAAUUCACAGACAGACAUAACAAAAACAAUGAAGUGUCUCCAUUGUCUUCCAUUACAUAUUUUUAGGUGUGGUCUGUUUUAUGUGCGAGUCAGAGAACAAACUCGAGUGAGGAUCUCUGAAAUCAAUUCACCUUUAAAGUAACAACGGACAUGAAAAUUUACUUUGUUUCUCAAACUAAUGAAUACAAUAUUUCAUCCCAAACAGACGGUUGCUGGAUGUAGCUAGCGGGAUAAAGCCGUAUUUUUCCACAUUUCAGUGCUACACUUCGGACACUGUGAAACCAUAAACAUCCACAAAAUGAGACAAUGUCGAUCUGAUUUUAAUGCAAAGCACUUAACCUUUACUUGAAAGAAGGUAAUAUACAUCCUGGAAUUACAGAUAAAGAUACAUUAUGAGCAAAAUCAUUUCACAAUGAAUAUCAUCUUUCCUUUGCAUCAACCAAGAGAGGAGUGCGACAUUAUCUACAGUUUUUGUUAGGAAGAAAAUAGUGAAAAGCACACCUAAUUCUGUCAGCAUCUUUACUUUAUGGUACACUGUAGAAAAUGUCAUCUAUAUGCAGAAGUCCACAUUAUUGACGGUAAUAACAAAAAAAGAGAAAAAAAAACAAUUUGAAAAAACAACAACACAAGUUUCAUUGUUGUCUUUCAACGAAGUAAGUCAUCUGCAAUGCAUACAUUAUAAAUAAAUGUAAGGGGAAGAAAAAAAGUUCAAAAACUACUAAAAGCAAUAUUCCACAAUUCCAGCAUGGCUGAAACAAUAAGUGGCCUUAAAUCCAAACCCUAUACUUUGGAGUGUGACUACAGCUUUUACAAGCCUUUAAGAUACUGUAGAUUAUUCAAGCUGCUGUGUCUAAAAAGCCUGACUCAUGCUUAACACUUCUGGAUAAAUCAAGUUAAAAUUUCCCUUAAAACUUGUUCUGUGAAGGGAUAAGUUGCCUACCGCCUUUACCUGCGAGGCGAGAAACAGUUUUUGUAAGGAGUGAGAAGAUCAGCAUGAGAAAAACACAAGGCUGUAUAGUCAAGAAAGUUGUGUUUUUUUUGCGACUUCAAGCCAUUUAGUACUGAAAAAAAAAGCUAGGGGAGGUCACUGGUAUCAAUCACAGAACUCUUCAACUCUAAAAAAGGAAAUCAUUUGUGUUCUCUAGUUAAUGUGUGACAUUUAGAGAACAAAUACUCCUUUCGGGCCUCCUUCCUAUUUAUAACCAUCACCCCACUGGUUUAUCACGUUGGGGGAAGCUCCAACUGUACACACUUUAAACAAUUCUCUUUUCAAUAAAAAGGAAAAGACAAUACAGUAGUUGACAACUCAAAAAAUAAAAAAAAUUUUGUGAUGAUGCGGUUUGGUAAUUGUUUAAAUCUACAGCAAGUUGAAAUUGGGGUUGGAGGAGUGUUUCAAACGGAAUACAUGUUCUUGGUGGUGGAUCCGCUCUUGCUGGAUGUGUCGUCGUGUGACUGGUAGCCGAUCAGGGCUUUGAGGGGGAUGCUCAAGCGCUCUUUAUAAUUUUGCCUGUGGAAAGACAAGAAGAAGAGUGCUGUGUGAAGACUAAUGCACACCAAGUGUCUCCAUCUAGUGAUCAGCUACAGUACUUUCCAUCACUUGUGCUUUACUCCCUACAGACAAGGUGACUUACCCUAUCGUCAUGAUGGCGUCUCUGUUUUGGCAUUGGCUAGUCCAGAUGGCUAUUUUGUCACCUUUUGGUCUGACGUUGACCACAGCUCCACACACAUCUUCACUUGCCACAUCAAACGACUCACCGACUAAACACAAGAGCUGCAAAAUACACGACACGCAACAUGAAUCAUACUGUUGUUUUUUUUUUCAUAAAUUCCAACCGCUCAGAAGAUAAAGGUUCAUCAGGUCGUCUAACCGUCUCCAUCCAGUAGCGGUCAAGAUCAUUGUGUCUCUGUUGCUUAUUGAGAGUCAUCAGCCAUCGACCCCCGAGCUUGUUCCUGUCGUCCUCCCACAUCGGCUUGAUCCCAUCCUGACAUACAAAGUCAAAGGUUCAAUACUUUAGUGAGCCAUCUCUGCUGCUCAAACAACUCAACAUUUGUACAUGCUGCAAACAUCCCACAGGUUGAAAAGGGAAACUGUAUUUAAAAAAAUAAAUAAAAAAAAAGGCCUUACCUUAAAUAAACAAUAAUCGCAGCCAAAGCCAAGUUUGCUUGGUUGCUGUAUGUGGUUGUAUAAUCUGUAAGAAACAUAGAAUAGUGUUAAAAGCAUUCCAACAUGUUGACUGAAGUGAUCUGCCAUCAUUCAGAUUGAUGGUACAGUGAAGAACUCAUUUAACACUGAAGAGUGGAUACAUUUCUACACAAGCACCUCAAACUAGAAAUGCUCUGAAGAUUUACAUGUCGUAUGCGAGAUGGUUUCAGUUGUUUUCCCGUAAGACACUCUUACAUUUUCUAUCUUAGCCAGUAUUUGUAAAUACUACAGAUGCACAUACAACGAG